AUGGAUGAAAUCGAGCUCAUGAAGAAGGUUGGAAAACAUCAAAAUGUUCUGAGUUUCUUUGGAUGCUGGACCACAACUAAACCAAUUCUACUCAUGAUAGAAUACAUCGCUCAUGGAGAUUUGCUGCAUUGGCUUCGACAUAAAAGAAGUCAGGUAUUAAAAAUAAUUACCAAAUGAUAAUGUAUGCCUCUGUCCAGUUAUAAGGUGACCUGGAAAUGUGGUAAAUAACGAAAGGAAAAGAAAAGUUCGCGCCGGCUCAUGGUUUGCUUUCUGAUGUUCUUACCGCAUUUUUUUGUCUUCAGAGAUGUGUAAUUGAAGACGCGCAGCAAGACAGAAUCUAG